CGGCCCCACCCCGCUCCCCAGCGCCCCGGAAGUGAUCUGCGGCGGCUGCUGCAGAGCGGCCAGGAGGAGGGUGGAUCUCCCCAGAGCGGAGUGCCAGAGUCGUCCGCUUUCCCCUCCUCCUCCGCCUCCUCCUCCUCCUGCCGCCCAGGCUCCGCCGCCGCCCGUCGGACUCCUCCUGCCGCUCCCGGCGCGGAGCCUCCCAGACAAGGGCCGAGCCCCCUCCGGCCGGAGCCAGCGCGGCCGCGGCUUCAGAAGCCCGCGGGGCUGCGGACCGGCUCGAGGUGCAGUGAAUAAAGCUGAUUUAUGGAACCGUAAGGAUAUUGAGAAAGUGACAUUGUGUGACUUCCAAGCCUAGUUUAUAAAAGACGUUGCAGCUUCUGCUUUGCUGAGAUCACUCAGUCUGGAGGAAGCCAGCUGUCAACUUAUGAGGACAUUCUAGCAGCCCAGUGGAGAGGCCCAGCCGAUAAGGAACUGAGAUGUCCUGCCAACAGCAGCAUGAGUGAGACAUCUUGGAAGUAGGCACUCCUGGGAUAAUAUGACUUUUUGAAUAACCCACAUAAUGUGAUGGUAUCUUGAACUGAGUCAGGGGGCUUGAGAUAAGCAGCUGGAUUUGAAAUACUAAGGAGAUUCUUCUUAGUCCUUUGGUGGAAACUCUGCAACACAAGAUGGCUGCAAAUAAGCCCAAGGGUCAGAAUUCUUUGGCCUUACACAAAGUCAUCAUGGUGGGGAGUGGUGGCGUGGGCAAGUCUGCUCUGACUCUGCAGUUCAUGUAUGAUGAGUUUGUGGAGGACUAUGAGCCCACCAAAGCAGACAGCUAUCGCAAGAAAGUAGUGCUGGAUGGGGAGGAAGUACAGAUCGACAUCUUAGAUACAGCGGGGCAGGAGGACUAUGCUGCCAUCCGAGACAACUACUUCCGGAGCGGGGAGGGUUUCCUCUGUGUCUUCUCUAUUACGGAAAUGGAAUCCUUUGCAGCCACAGCCGACUUCAGGGAGCAGAUCCUAAGAGUAAAAGAAGAUGAGAAUGUUCCAUUUCUGCUGGUUGGUAACAAAUCAGAUUUAGAAGAUAAAAGGCAGGUUUCCGUAGAAGAGGCAAAGAACCGAGCGGACCAGUGGAAUGUUAACUACGUGGAAACAUCUGCUAAAACGCGGGCUAAUGUUGACAAGAAGAGAAGGAAAAGUAUGGGCUGUUUUUGUUACCAUGGCUGCAACAAAAUACAUCCGAACAACUUUCUGGGAAAAAUAGACAUUUAUUCUGCUUGCAGAUUCUUGUCCUCGCCAAGAAUUUGGCCAGGACACAGUGGAGAGAGAGGGCUUGUCUCUGCUCCACACUGUCCGAUGCCUCAGCUGAAAGGCUUCACGCCUGAGCACUUGGAAGUAUCUAAACUUAGGUUCUGCAGGCUUGUUCACACAUGUCUGGCUCAGCCGGUUGAUGCUGGCUGUUGUCCAGGGAUGCCUUAGUUCCUCUCCAUGUAGGCUCCUCCAUGUGGCUUUUCCACGUGUGCUAGUUUAGGCUUGCUCAUAGUGUAGUGGCAGCAUUCCAAAGGCAAGUGUGACAAGAGACUAAGAACUGGUGAAACCAUCCUCCUUUUUCUUAUUUUGAAAGAUUUAUUUAUUUGGGAGGUAGAGUUACAGAUAGAGAGAGGGAGAGACAGAGAAAGGUCUUCCAUCCGCUGGUUCACUCCCUAGAUGGCCACAAUGGCUGGAGCUGAGCCGAUCCAAAGCCAGGAUCCAGGAACCCCCUCCAAAUCUCCCACGUGGGUGCAGGGGCCCAAGCACUUGGACCAUCCUCCACCACUCUCCUAGGCCACAAGAAGAGACCUGGAUUGAAAGAGAAGCUGUCGGGACAUGAACUGGUACCCAUCUGGGAUGCUGGUGCCACAGGCAGAGGCUAAGCCUGCUGUGCCACAGUGCUGGCCCCCCAUCCCUCCUCUUCUGACUGGCCUCCUGGUAUUGACUGAGGCAGUCGCAAAGUCCCACAUGGAUUCAGGAGGGAGGGAAUAGACUCUGCCUCCUGCUAAAGCUUGAAGAGAUGCUGGAAAAGCACCUAGGAAGUAUUGUUGUAGCCAGUUUUAGAAGACAGGGUCUUCAAUUUGUGGUCAUAUCCCCAAAACUGAAUUAAUUGCAUUAAACAAGGCUACUUAUAAAUUCAUACUGAAAACUACUGUUUCAUGUAUUGCUAUAACCUGCAGAGUUGCCAAACCAUAAAGCACUUCAGUGGCUAGAGUACCUUGCAACGACUCUAGAAUUUCCAGAAUCAGGUUGUAUUUGGGAGUGGGGGUGGGGGUUGUUUUGCUAAGGAAAUAAUUCAGUAUUCACUACCCACAUGGCCAUAAUGGCCAGGGCUGAGCAAGCAAAAGCCAGGAGCUUCAUCCAGUUCUCCCAUGUGGUGGCAGGGGCCCAAGCGCUUGGGCCAUCUUCUGCUGCUUUCCCCAGGCCAUUUGAAGUGGAGCCGCCGGGACUCAAACAUGGGAUGCUGUUGUCAUAGGUGGCAACUUUACCUGCUGUGCUACAGCUCCAGCCCCCAAUAACUUUAUUUUUAUUUCUUGUAAUAUAUUUUUUCUAAAAAAAUAUUUAUUUAUUUGAAAGGCAGAGUUAGAGGCAAAGGCAGAGGCAGAUAGGGGGAGAGAGAGGUCUUCCAUCUGGCUCACCCCCAAAAUGGCCACAAUGGCUGACACUGAGCCAGUCUGAAGCCAGGAGCUGCUGCUUUUUUUUAUUUUUAUUUUAAAGAUUUAUUUAUUUAUUUGAAAGAGUUACAGAGAGAGAGAGAGAGAAAGGUCUUCCAUCCACUGGUUCACUCCCCAGUUGCCCACAAUGGCCAGAGCUGCACUGAUCCAAAGCCAGGAGCUUCCCACAUGGGUGCAGGGGUCCAAGGACUUGGGCCAUUUUCUGCUGCUUUCCCUGGCCGUAGCAGAGAGCUGGAUCGGAAGUAGAGCAGCUGGGACUCGAAACAGCACCCAUAUGGGAUCCUGGCACAGUGGGUAGGCACUUUUCCUACCAUGCCACAGCACUGGCCCCAUGUUAUCUUGUUAAAUUUUAAUUCAUGUGAGAAGAGGAGGGAUUUCCUGAGGUCUCUUACCUAAAAUUAGAAAAGCCAAAUUUUGAACAUACUGGAUUGCCCUAAAUUGAGAAAAGAGAAAGGGAGGGAGGAGAGAUGUGAUUUGGAAGAGUUAAAAGAUGUUGGAAGAAACCUGUGCUUUGGGGAUUAUCAUUUGUGUGAGUUCAUCAAAACCAGUUCUUUAUUCCUGGCCUUAGUUACUCAUUUCCUUCCACUUGGCAGCUGAAACAGGACUUCCUUUAGCUCUAAUUCAUUAAAUGAGUUGAUGGAGACUUGCAAAGUUUCCCACUGUGUUGCUAGUUAAAAUGACCUUGUUGUUUUCUAAUAGAAUUUUGGAAGUUUAUUGCAGAGGCUCACCUAAAAUUAGAAAUUAAGCCUGCUGAUAAUAUCCUUCUCGUAGUGCUCUACCUGCAUGAGAAAGCACUGCUUGGGAGUGCUCUAAUAAUUACAUCAAGUUAGCACAGAGAGGUCCUGCACCAGCUAGUCUCCUGUAAGCUUGAACAGAACCCUCCCAAAAUCCAUCUGUGGAAGUAGGGGUACAGCAGGCAUGGAUUUGAUGCCAUUGUGUUUCAAUCUGUUGCUUUCUUUUGUGUCUAUUUAAUGCUGUGUUUCCUGUCUUUAACCAUCCAUGCCAUUUUGUGUGUUUGAGCCCAGUAGUCUCUGAUGGCUUUCUGGUCUCUGAUUUAAAUUUUACAUUCUUGUUCCAGACCAGGGAUCAGCCAUUCACCUGAGGAACCCUGGUUCCGUGUAUCUUUUACACUGAAAAUCUUGGUUCCUCUAUGUUGACAAAACAAUUUAUUUGCAUUAUCCUGCAAUAUAUAUAAAAUAAUCCCAAAAGAGCAUUAUCGCUGUCACUGACAAAUAAGCUAUAAAGUAAAGUUUAAGAUUUGGAUUUUUUGUUUUUUUAUUUGUUGGAAUUUUGUUUUUAUUUUUAUCUUUAGCAUCUAUUCUGAGGUAACCGUUCCAUAUGCUAUGUUAUAAAAACCCUUGGAAUAAUUCUUUCCUCUGCAUUAGUUUGUCACCAACUUGGCAUAUAGUUAGUCUUACUUGCUUUAAUUCAAUUUUCAAUUUUUAUUGGUUACUUUAUUUCAUUUGAAUGUGUAAAAUAUUUGUUUCCAAAGUAGAAAUUAUGUGACAAGGUCUGUUCAGAGACGUCCCACUGUUCCCUCUACCCUUUACCUUUCCUCCUAAAAUUGAAAAUAAAAGGGGUUAUUAUUGUUUGGUUUAUAA